GCUGGUGGUAGUGGUGGCAGUGGCAAUAGCUGUAGCACUUGGGCCAUGGCAGAGGAUGGGCCGCAGAAGCAGCAGCUGGAAAUGCCGCUGGCUCUGGACCAGGACCUGACCCAGCAGAUGCGGCUCCGAGUAGAGAGCCUGAAGCAGCGUGGGGAGAAGAAGCAGGAUGGCGAGAAGCUGCUCCGGCCGGCUGAGUCCGUCUACCGCCUUGACUUCAUCCAGCAGCAGAAGCUGCAGUUCGAUCACUGGAACGUGGUUCUGGACAAGCCGGGCAAGGUCACCAUCACGGGCACCUCGCAGAAUUGGACGCCCGACCUCACCAACCUCAUGACACGCCAGCUGCUGGACCCCGCCGCCAUCUUCUGGCGCAAGGAAGACUCCGACGCCAUGGAUUGGAAUGAGGCAGAUGCCCUGGAGUUUGGGGAGCGCCUUUCUGACCUGGCCAAGGUCCGCAAGGUCAUGUAUUUCCUCAUCACCUUUGGCGAGGGCGUGGAGCCUGCCAACCUAAAGGCCUCUGUGGUGUUUAACCAGCUCUGAUUACAGCCCUGGCUGCCCUGCCCCUGGCCCCAACUCUCCCUUGCCUGGACCUCCGUCCUCAUGUGUAUUUUGGGGAAAAUUCUUCUAGCUGCUCCUCCUGCGCUCAUCUUGGCCAGAGUUCCCCCGAGUGCUGCAUCCCCUCCUUUUCCCCGGUGCCAGUGCUGCGGCUCACAGUGAUGUCCCAUGGCUCCGUAGUCUAGAAGCUGAAUGUGGCUACUAGAGACUGUAGAGGCCUUUUGGGUCCACGUGGGAAGAUGGAUGGGCCCCUUGUGGUGAAGAGCGGGGAUUGAGAGAGAAAGAGACUGACCAAGAGAUUCAAACAGCCAGCAUUGAUCCCUCCCCUCAGGGACGGGAGACUGAGACUGGACAGGAACGCCUUCCGGGGAACCUGGCAGCAGGAAGGUGCUCCUCCCAGUGUCGGCAGCAGCCCACCGUGACCUUAGGGCCCUCAAGACACUGGGCGGGAUGACAGCGGGACUUGAUCUGACUGGCUUUUCCGGGUCUGGGUCUGGUUUUUCUGGAGAAGUGAGAGAGCGUGUAGACACUGCAACAGCUGUAGCCACUCACGCUCAUAUGGGUAUUGAGAGAUGGCGUGACUGUAUGUGUAUGGCUGUGGGCCUGAGGGCUAGUCCUGGUCAGGAAUAAGGCUAACUUGAGUUUAAUUGUUGACCUGGUGCUGGCUUGUGGACUUGGUGGAGGUGAUCCUGACUGAGGCCUCCUUGGUGCGGUGCCUUUUCAACUGGGAGACUGAGGCUCAGAUGGUGGAGCAGAGAACUGAGAUAGAGGGGUUCGGGGCUCUGAGCUAGCAAUAGUGAUGUCCCUGUUAGGAAGGCUGGUGUUUGCUGCUCGCUGGUGGUGCCCUGCUGUCACCUCCCUGGGCAUUUCCUGGCUCUUCUCCUGGAUUGCAGACCCAUGAGUAAGGCUUGGGGGGCAGUUAGGAUGCCUGGCGUCUGAAGUGGGCUGGAGCUGUCCGGCUGUGAUGCCUAGCGCUGGCCUCGGAGGCUGUCUACUCUGCAAACUGACAGGAAAGCGGUGGCACAGUUAUCAGCAGAUUCAGCCCUACCCCAAGUCUCAUUGUCCCUCGCCCUGCACAUCCUGAGAGCCUCCCAUUGAAGAGAAAGCUUGCCUGCCACCUAGCAGCAGCCAGAGGCACCUUAGCAGUGUCCCCAGACUGUCUCAAGGCUGCCUCCAUCGGGGAUACUGAAGGUAGGAGCUGUCCCAGCGGGUGAGCUGCCGGGAUAGCAAAGCCCAGCUCAGGUGCAGGAUUCUGGAGGCAGGAGAUAGGUUGUGGUACCGGUGUCUCUUGUCCUGGUGCCUCUGCUCCGCGUAACAUGCUUGCCGAAGCACUGGCCGGUGCUUCUGGACUCUGCUGACUCUAGGGAGCCACACCCAGACAGUGCCUCUGCCUUUCUGCUUCUCUUUCUGACCUCUCCCUACAGCUUUAGAGACCCCUUUGGUUCACACUGUCUGUGCCCCAACUCCACCUCACUCCAAUCCAUCUGCCC